AUGCCUAGAGCCCCCAAACCAGUACAGGAAUCGUACUGCGACUGCCUCCGCUACUGCUGUGGUGUUCUCACCAAAUUCAGUAAGAAAACCUACGACAAACAUGCACCAUUUCGAACACCUCCACAACAACCCCAGUUCAGCCAAAGUUUUCGUGGAUUAUCUCCAAGGGCAUCGCCCUCUGUGGAAAACGUCAGUUCCAAGAUGCGAUACUUGAACAAAACUCGCCUUUUACUCUUGAUCAAAGUCAUCGCCCUUUUCAAUGCAAACCAACGUGACGAGGCAAUUUUGCGCGUCCAAGAGCUAGUUACCACUCGUCUCAGUGUGAAUUCUCUUGCGUGUGCUAUCGUGGAAGUGAGUGCUUUUGGUACAAUCAACUCCUGA